CACGUGGACGGGCCGGCGGAGGCGCCGGUGAGUAAAUGCUGCAGAUUCUGGAAAGUUCUCAUCAGUGCGACUCGUAAGGCUGAGGAGCUGGGACCUCCCCUUUCGGGCUGCUUGUUCAGCGCCGCGUCAGGGAGCGGAGCGGAGCCGCUGCAGAUCCAGGUCAUCAGCGCCGACUGCGGAGCCACCGGUCCAGCCCCGGCACCACCCUGCCUAGCCGCCGCGCCGCCACCACCCUCGCUGAGUCCCCAGGGAAGCCGGAGGCGCCGGAGAGCCCGAGGUCGGAUCCCGCGGCAGCCGCACGCGGCCGGAGAACGCAGAGCCCGAGCCCAGGCGGACGGACAGCGAGCCGGCCAUGUCGGUGGUGGGGCUGGACGUGGGCUCGCAGAGCUGCUACAUCGCGGUGGCCCGUGCCGGCGGCAUCGAGACAAUCGCCAACGAGUUCAGCGAUCGCUGCACCCCGUCAGUCAUAUCAUUUGGAUCAAAAAAUAGAACAAUUGGAGUUGCAGCCAAAAAUCAGCAAAUCACUCAUGCCAACAAUACAGUGUCUAACUUCAAAAGAUUUCAUGGCCGAGCAUUCAGUGACCCCUUCAUUCAAAAGGAAAAGGAAAAUUUAAGUUAUGACUUGGUUCCAAUGAAAAAUGGUGGAGUUGGAAUAAAGGUAAUGUACAUGGAUGAAGAACAUCUUUUCAGCGUGGAGCAGAUAACAGCCAUGCUUCUCACUAAGUUAAAGGAAACUGCUGAAAACAACCUUAAGAAACCAGUAACAGAUUGUGUUAUUUCAGUCCCCUCUUUCUUCACAGAUGCUGAAAGGCGAUCUUUAUUAGAUGCUGCACAAAUUGUUGGCUUAAACUGCUUGAGACUUAUGAAUGACAUGACAGCUGUUGCUUUGAAUUAUGGAAUUUAUAAACAGGAUCUCCCAAGCCUGGAUGAGAAACCUCGGAUAGUGGUUUUUGUUGAUUUGGGGCACUCCGCUUUUCAGGUGUCUGCUUGUGCAUUCAACAAGGGAAAACUGAAGGUACUGGGAACAGCUUUCGAUCCUUUCUUAGGCGGCAAAAACUUUGAUGAAAAGUUGGUGGAACAUUUUUGUGCAGAAUUUAAGACUAAGUACAAAUUGGAUGCAAAAUCCAAAAUUCGAGCACUUCUCCGUCUUUAUCAAGAAUGUGAAAGGUUGAAAAAGCUAAUGAGUUCUAACAGCACAGACCUGCCACUGAAUAUUGAGUGCUUUAUGAAUGACAAAGAUGUUUCAGGAAAAAUGAACAGGUCUCAAUUUGAAGAGCUCUGUGCUGACCUCCUGCAAAAGAUUGAAGUCCCCCUUUACUCACUGAUGGAACAAACUCAGCUUAAAAUAGAAGAUGUGAGUGCUGUUGAGAUAGUUGGAGGUACAACACGGAUUCCAGCAGUGAAAGAAAAAAUUGCAAAAUUCUUUGGGAAAGAUAUUAGCACAACACUCAAUGCAGACGAAGCAGUUGCCAGAGGAUGUGCACUUCAGUGUGCAAUCCUUUCGCCAGCAUUUAAAGUUAGAGAAUUUUCUGUCACAGAUGCAGUUCCUUUUCCAAUAUCCCUGGUCUGGAAUCAUGAUUCAGAAGAACCUGAAGGUGUUCAUGAAGUAUUUGGUCGAAAUCAUGCUGCACCUUUCUCCAAAGUCCUAACCUUCUUAAGAAGGGGGCCUUUUGAACUAGAAGCUUUCUAUUCUGAUCCUCAAGGAGUUCCAUAUCCAGAAGCAAAAAUAGGUCGCUUCAUAGUUCAGAAUGUUUCUGCGCAGAAAGAUGGGGAGAAAUCUAGAGUGAAAGUCAAAGUGCGAGUCAAUACCCAUGGAAUUUUCACCAUCUCUACAGCAUCUAUGGUGGAAAAAGUCCCAACUGAGGAGAAUGAAGUUGAAGCGGACAUGGAAUGUCAGAAUGAGAGACCACCAGAAAACCCUGAUACUGAUAAAAAUAUCCAGCAAGACAACAGUGAAGCUGGAACACAGCCCCAGGUACAAACUGAUGCUCAGCAAACCUCACAGUCUCCCCCUUCACCUGAACUUACCUCAGAAGAAAACAAAAUCCCAGAUGCUGACAAAGCAAAUGAAAAGAAAGUUGACCAACCACCAGAAGCUAAAAAACCCAAAAUAAAGGUUGUUAAUGUUGAACUACCUAUUGAAGCCAACUUGGUCUGGCAGUUAGGGAAAGACCUUCUCAAUAUGUACAUCGAAACAGAGGGUAAGAUGAUAAUGCAGGAUAAAUUGGAAAAGGAAAGAAACGAUGCCAAAAAUGCAGUGGAAGAAUAUGUAUAUGAGUUCAGGGACAAGCUGUUUGGACCAUAUGAAAAAUUUAUAUGUGAGCAGGACCAUCAAAAUUUUUUGAGACUGCUCACAGAUACUGAAAACUGGCUCUAUGAAGAAGGAGAAGACCAAGCUAAACAAGCUUAUGUAGACAAGCUGGAGGAGUUGAUGAAAAUCGGCACUCCAAUUAAAGUCCGAUUUCAAGAAGCCGAGGAACGGCCAAAGAUGUUUGAAGAACUAGGACAGAGGUUACAGCACUAUGCCAAGAUAGCAGCAGACUUCAGAAAUAAGGAUGAGAAAUACAACCAUAUUGAUGAAUCUGAAAUGAAGAAGGUUGAGAAAUCUGUUAAUGAAGUGAUGGAGUGGAUGAAUAAUGUCAUGAAUGCUCAAGCUAAAAAGAGUCUUGAUCAGGAUCCAGUUGUGCGUGCUCAGGAAAUAAAAGCAAAAAUAAAGGAAUUGAACAGUACUUGUGAACCUGUUGUAACACAACCGAAACCAAAAAUUGAAUCACCUAAACUGGAAAGAACAACAAAUGGCCCAAAUACUGAGAAAAAGGAGGAAGAUGUAGAAGGCAACAAUAAUUUUGGUGCUGAGCCUCCACAUCAGAAUGGUGAAUGUUACCCUAAUGAGAAGAGCUCUGUUAAUAUGGACUUGGACUAGAUAACAUUAAAUCGUCUUAGUCCCUCAGUAAAAUAUUUUGGCCAUAGUAUAUGAUUCUACCCAACAUACUGAGACUAUUUAUAUUUUCUUUUUUAUGGAUGUCUAGAAAAUUUGUGUACUAUAAGGAAAAAGAACAAGUUUAAGUCUGUAGUCUUUAUGAUCCUAAAAGGGAAAAUUGCCUUGGUAACUUUCAGAUUCCUGUGGAAUUGUGAAUUCAUACUAAGCUUCUGUGCAGUAUUACCAAUUGCAUCACUGAGGAUGAAAUUGACUAUUGUCUUUUGAAAAUAAAACAAACUGUACUGCUUGUUCAAGAGGGAUGUGAUUAAAAUCUCAAGCAUUUGUUCCUACCAAGGUAGUUUUCUUGCAUUUCGCUCUCCACUUCAGCAUGUGUGUGGGUGUUUAUAAACAAGACUAAGUCUGAUUUGAUAAGGGCUUUCUGAGAUUAAUUCUGUCUAAUAGAAUAUGAUAAAUCUUUUUGCUUUGAUAUUAAAAAUUCAAUGGUAAAACAAGCUAGUGAAAUGUGUUAGCAUGCAGAACAAAACUUUCAAAUAUAUCUGUUUAUACAGUACAUUGUCGUGUGAAAGUGUAAAAUGGGAGAUACUGAAUUCUGUUUGUAACUGAUAUUGUGGAGCCUUUUAUGAACUUUAAAAUAAAGUUCAGCUUAUGGUGUCAUUUCUAAGUGGUUUUGCCACUGACUAUAAAUAGAAUUAGAGUAGAAUGAUGUAAACUAUUGUGGCAGAAAUGAAACUAUUUUCUGUGCGAGUCUAGUUUGCCUUUUUCUCGUCUCUAUAUGUUAUCUCUUUUCUAAAUAAAAGUGACUUUACCCUAAUAGAAAAGCAGCUUUGUUUAUUGCACUAAUUUUUAAUCAUUACUGGGGCUUUAUUCUUAAGGCUGAGCUUUUCAGAUAGAGGGAGAGACACCACAGCACUAGGAAUUAUCCUACUGCUGUAAUACUCCCAUGUGGUGUACUGGGUGCUUGGAAGCUGAAUUGUAUCCACGGCAGAUAUCCUGCCCAAGUAAGCUAUUUUCCUGACUCCUAAACUUCUCUCUGUCCUAUCCAAUAAAAAGUGGAAAAAAUGGCCACCAGGAGCAGUGGAUUUGUGGUGCAGGCACCAAGCCCCAGCAAUAAACCUGGAGGCAAAAAAAAAAAAAAAAAAAUCUUAGAUCCAUUGGUAAACCAACCCUGGAAUGUCAGAUGACUCAAAAUUUUAAAGCCCACACUACACUAAGUAGCUUCACUUCUGUCUGGUGUGUACUUAAAUAAUUAGAAAUUUGCCUGUUUAUAUCCUGGUUUGAGCCCCUGGCUUCCCACCUGCAGGGGAGUCGCUUCACAGGCGGUAAAACAGGUCUGUAGGUGUCUAUCUUUCUCUCCCCCUCUCUGUCUUCCCUCCUCUCUCCAUUUCUCUCUGUUCUGUCCAACAAUGGUGAUAUCAAUAACAGCUACAAAAAUAAAACAAGGGCAACAAAAGGGAAUAAAUACUAAAAAAAAAAAAAAAAGGAAGGUGCUGGGUCUGUGGGCACAGCAUGGGCCUGAGAGGUCAGCUCUGGGCACAGCCCUAAAUAAAAAGGAGAUCUGAUCCAUUUGUCAGUAAUUAAACAUGCACACUAGCCAGAAGACUUUUUUUUUUUAACUUGGCCUAGUGGUUUACAGUAGAUAUAGUAGUUGGCACAUGUAUAAGAUUCUCCAGUUUUCUAGAUUUAUCUUGGAUAUAUGUAGAAAGAAAUGCAGAGGCAGGCAGGAAGAUAGACACAUUUGCAGCACUGCUUCACUGCUCAUGAAGUUUCCUCCCUUUAAGUGGAGAGGUAGGGGCUUGAACCUGGAUCGUUGUUCACUAUGAUGUGUGUACUCUACCAGAUGCACUGCCACCCACCCUCAGAAGUCUUAAAUUUUUACAUAAUCUCCUACAGUUCUUAGGCAUCAUUGUAAUGCACACUGACAACACACAAUCAGAAAGUAUAUAUUUAACCAUUGAAGAUUAGUGCUCUGUAUAGUGUUCUGUUGAGGAGUUAGUGAAAGAUGGUUCAAUAGAAAAGUUCUACACUAGAACUUGAUGAUAAUGGGGUUUUGGGAUGUGGGGCAGCAGGUGUCAGACUGGCCUAAAUU